GUUAGUGGUUGGUCAGCAGAGUCGUAUUGUGAAUAUCGAUCCCAAUGCGGGCGAGAACAACCUGCCUGUCGUCGCAUCGGAGAACUCUGAUGCCAAUACACUCAUAGAUACGCUCAAUGCUCCGUCGCCGUAUACCGGAAUCAAGGCUGAG